GAGGAACUAACAGUAACGCAAUCCACAGGCCAAGGAGUUUGCAUACUCACCAAGGCACUUCAUCAUCUCUCUCUCUUGCUCUCUCUCUCUCCGAUUUGAAUCGCCGGAAACUGAGUCAACUCGGUGGAGGUUACUGUUUUUGUUUGCAGAAGUGUAAUCACACUAUGAUUUGAUGGAUCCAAGUGGGAUGAUGAACGAAGGAGGACCGUUUAACCUGGCGGAGAUCUGGCAGUUUCCGUUCAACGGAGUUUCAACCGCCGGCGAUUCCUCGGCGAGGGGUAACCAGUUCGCUGAUUCGAAUCUGAACACAACCACCGCCGUCGGCGAUGCGGCGCGUAUCAGCCACGCGCUCUCGCAGGCGGUGAUCGAAGGUAUCUCCGGGGCGUGGAAGCGGCGAGACGAGUCGGCGAAGGUCGUCUCCACCACCAGUAACUACAAUGGCGCGAGUGAAGGUGACAAGAAAAGACAGAAGAUAGAUGAAGAGUGUGAUGAGAAAACAGAAGCAGGAUUUUCUUCGGAGACGAAAAUGGAUCAAAAGAAGCAGCAAAUUGAUCCAACAAAAGAUUAUAUUCAUGUUCGAGCAAGAAGAGGUCAAGCUACUGAUAGUCACAGUCUAGCUGAAAGAGCGAGAAGAGAAAAGAUAAGUGAGAGGAUGAAAAUCUUACAAGAUCUUGUGCCGGGAUGUAACAAGGUUAUUGGAAAAGCACUUGUUCUAGAUGAGAUUAUUAACUAUAUACAAUCAUUGCAACGUCAAGUUGAGUUUCUAUCGAUGAAACUCGAAGCUGUGAACUCACGAAUGAACCCUGGCAUCGAGGUUUUUCCACCGAAAGAGUUUCGUCAGCAAGGGUUUGAGAAUCAAGAGAUGCAGUUUGGGUCGCAGUCUACAAGAGAAUUCAGUAGAGGAGCAUCACCAGAGUGGUUGCAUAUGCAGAUAGGAUCAAGUGGAUUUGAAAGAACAUCCUCAUAAAGAACAACAAACACUUCAUCUUCUUAAUCCAACCAAAGAGAAGCAUAUAUACAUACAUAUAAAUGUCUUGCUUCAUCAUAGGUAAUAAAUAUAUGGAUGUGAAUAUACACGUCUUAGUUAUAUAAAAAAGAAGAAGAUAGAUAUAGUUAGUUUCAUAUCAAGCAAAAAAAGCUGGGAAAAGAUUUCGCUUUUUAGAAUGUCGUUCAAAAAAAUAUGUUUUCGUAUGCUCCUUGAAAGUAGAAACCUCUCGUACAAGGAAAUACGUUCUUCAUUAUAAAUUUUAUC